AGCACGGAGUCUUCUCGACCAGGAAGCCUGGGAAAUAUAGUCUUAGGAGGCUGGCUAGACUACGGGGCUAGCGCCCGGGGUGAUUGUCAUCCCUACGGUGCUCUCUCGGCGUUGCGCUUUAGUUUUUCUCCCUCCUCCCCGUGCCAGGCCAACCCACUGGACCCUGGCUCUCCUGCCAGGCCCGCGACAGAGCGCGCUCGGGCUCCGGCAUGCGCAGAGCCAUGUCCAAGCCAUCCCUCAUCACAUUCACUCCAGCCACCGACUCCAGUGACCUCUGGAAAGAUGGUCAACAGCAAGCACAGCUCGAGAAACCAGAGCCUGUCCUGGAUGGGGCCGCAGCCCGGGCUUUCUAUGAGGCUCUAAUUGCAGAGGAGAGUGGUUCCCCUAAGCCCCGGAGAGCCGAACCGACCAGGGAGAGAAAGAGGAAGAGAAGAAGAACUACCGCAAGGGAGCCUGUAGCAGCAGGGGUCCCGAGACAAGGAAGAGCACUUGAGGAUGAAGACAGGGUGACCCAGUGGAUCCUGAUGGCAGCCCAGAAUGGGGAUCUGACAGAACUCCGGAGGCUGCUGGAACCCCAAGAGGCAGGGGGAGCUGGAGGGAAUAUCAAUGCUCGUGACGCCUUCUGGUGGACUCCCUUGAUGUGUGCUGCUCGAGCGGGCCAGGGCGCUGCCGUGCGCUAUCUCCUGGGCCGAGGGGCUGCCUGGGUAGGAGUCUGUGAACUGGGAGGCAGAGACGCGGCUCAGCUGGCAGAAGAAGCAGGCUUCCCUGAGGUAGCCCGCAUGGUCAGAGAGAGUCGUGGGGAGACAAGGAGCCCCGAGAACCAGAACCGAUCACCCCCCUCCUCCUCCCAGUUCUGUGAGGACUGUGGUGCCUACUUUGAAGACUCCAACCACCGCACAUCUACUGCUCACCUGCUGUCACUGUCUAGGAGACCCCAGCCCUCCAGCCUUCCCCUUGGGGUACCCACUUCCAGUCCUGGCUUCAGACUGCUGCUGAGGGGUGGCUGGGAACCAGGAAUGGGGCUAGGACCCCGGGGUGAAGGCCGUGCCAACCCUAUUCCCACUGUCCUCAAGAGGGACCAGGAAGGACUGGGCUAUAGAUCCCCAACCCAACCCCGGGUCACACACUUUGCAGCUCGGGAUACCCGGGCUGUGUCUGGGAAAGAGAGAGUUCCUCGAGUCGGCACGCUGAGUCAGAGGGAGAACAGAAGGCGAGAAGAGAAGGACCGGGCCUGGGAGCGAGAUCUAAGACUAUACAUGAACCUCGAGUUCUGACUGACACAGACUGGCCCUCGUCUGUCACUGGCUGGGUGUGGGCCUCUGACUUGGACACUUGGGCUUCCAGACCCUUAGGCCUUGGCUACCGGGCUCUGCUUUUAGAGAAAAGGGUUGAGAGUUGGGAGAUAAAUAAACUUCCCUCCCUGUGUCGUGUUUA